AUGGAAAAUGAAGAUUAUGAAGCAAUAACAUUUCACAAUGUCCCAGUAGAAAAUUUAAUUGACUCUAGAAAAUAUUGUGAUCGAAGAAAGAUAUUUGAAAAUAGAGAUAAUUUUAUAUUUGAUGUUCACGAUGAAAAAUCUCAAAACAAUAUUGAAGAAGCAUAUGAAAAAAAUGAAGCUGAGGAUUCAGACGAAAAGUUAGUUGUUUUGACAAAAGAAGAGAGAAAAGUACUUAGAAAAUGUAAUAUAUGGAGACACCAAAAUAUUGAUGGUAUCAAAAAUGCGGUGGCUAAGCGAAAAUUUCAACAAAAAAUGAUAACACAACCACCUGUUGUCAAAAAAAUUGAAAACAGUGAAUUUGAACUAGACAAAAAUGUCAAUCAAGAUAGAUUAUCUGAAGUUAAAAAUAAAUUAAUUGAAAUAAAUAAAAAAUGUAGGGACAUUGAUGAUAAUUUGAAAAAAACCAGUAAUAAGGAAGAUACAUUGGUGAUACAAGAAGAUAUUAUUUCAUUAAAAAGAGAAAGUUUAGAUCUUCUUAAGCAAAAAGAUAAAAUUAUUAAUAAGCUAUUAGAAGGACUAGAAGAAUUGUUAAUUAAAUCAUCUAAUGAAACAUCUUCUUAUACAAAUGAACUGGAUAAAUUAAAUGAAAUCAAAUUGAUUGAAGAUACAAAAAAUGAAAAAGAAAACAAAGAUUCUACUAAAUGGAGACUUUUGAUGGACAAAAUCAUUAAUAAAAUAUCAAGUGCAGCAUUAAAACAGUUGGYACUCAUUGAAAAGAACAACUUUGAAUUAUUAAAGCUAUUUAAGGCCAAUGAAGAGAACACAAAAAUAUUUAGAAUAGAAACAACUGAGAAUUAUGUUACAUCAAAUGGGACUAUGGUCGGCAAUAUAAAUUUAAUUGAAUUUGUAGAACAUCAGUUGAAUGAUUUAGAUAUGAUUGUGUUAGCUAGUGGUGACGAAGGAGUCGUUCUACAAUAUAUUGAUAAAGUAGAUCAUACUAUCAAUUUUUCAAAUCUAUCUAAUAAUCCAAUCAAUAAUAAAAGAAAAGUACUCUGCGAUGACAAUUUAGAUGAUGAAUCGACUGCAAUAAAAAUUCCAAAAUUAAAUGAAUCACAAUUUAAUGUGGUACGAGUGGGUAGUGGACAAAAAUAUGAUCCAAAUUCUCCUAUUGUCAAUGUUAUGCUGGAUACUGUGAUCAAACAAAAAAUGGGAAAUCUUUCAAAUGAAGCUGAUCAACAAGGUCAAUCAAACAAUUUGUUCAUGUAUACCAAUAAGAAAGAUCUUGAAAAUGAAGUACUUAUAAAUACUGAAGUUAUUGUGACAACAUUAAACUCCUGUUUUUCCAAAACAAUGGAGGAGGCCUUCAAGCCCUCAAAUCCUAAGUCAUUGAAUAGUCAUCAUUUUACUGCUUGUAUAGUAGAUGAAGCUGGACAAUCUAUAGAACCUCUCAUUUUUGUUCCGAUAUUACUUGGUAUUGAUAAACUGAUUUUGGUUGGAGAUGAUAAACAACUUCAACCCUUAGUAAAAAGCAAGGUGGCUAAAGAUAAUGGUCUUGGUGUUUCUCUUUUCAAACGACUAAAGACUUGGUUUGAACAUAAGCGUUCUACACGGAAAAGUUUUCCUGUUACAAUGUUAAAUACUCAAUAUCGAAUGCAUCAUGAAAUUUGUUUAUUUCCAUCGACAUACUUUUAUAAAGGUUUAAUUAAAACUGCACCAUCURUCAAAAUGAGAAAGCAGCUAUCAUUUCAUCCAUACAUGAUCCUAGAACAUGAAUGCCUGCAAGAUAAUGCUGGUGAGGUAAAUAUUGGAGAAGCAAAUAUGAUUGUAAGUUUGGUAGAAAUUUUACUCAACUCUGAAUGUCAAUCAUUAACUAUUGCUGUCUUAACACCUUACCAUAAACAGAGAGAGCAAAUAAAUAUGUUACURAGAAAAAAGAAGAUCUCAUUAAACGUCAAUACAAUAGAUUCAUUUCAAGGUGGAGAAUGUGAUGUGUUAUUGAUAUCAACAGUUCGUACUAAUGGAGUUGGAUUUAUGGACGAUAUUUGUCGAUUGAAUGUUGCUUUAACACGAGCUAGGCAAUCAUUAAUAAUAUGUGGAAACUUUAUGUCUUUGAGAGGAGAACAAGUAUGGUCUGAUUUAUUAGAAGAUGCAAGAAAACGUAAAUUAAUUAAGAAAGUAUCAAAAAAAGUCAUAACUAAUUCAAGGGUUUUGCUUGCUAUGAUAAAAAUUUAAUUAUAUUUGAUAU